CACGUACAGAUUAUUCAGUGAUGGCGGGAAACCAGUGUUGUUGUUGACAGUGAGAAGUCGGUGCUAUUUUCCUCCUCUAGCCUCCUUGAUCCUUUACUAAGCGCAGUUUAAAGGCGUUCGCUUUGAAGCUACCUGUCUUCUGGAGGAAUAGCUCGGAUUUCACGUGAAGAAGAAAAGGAUUUUGUUGCCUACGGCUUUCCCAAAAUUAGCCUGAUAAAUUCAAAAUUUGUGGGGAGGGGGGCAAGAUGAGCUCGUCGGCCAGCGGUAUGCCCUCCUGUGCGGUUUGCGAACACCGCAACAGAUUGGCUGAGGGUAGAGGGGCAAACUACUACAGGUUUCACUGUAAUGAUUGUUACGAAUAUAUGAAGGCGAGAUUCUUCAGUGGUCCUCAGAACGUUCUUGCUGAAGACGCAGUCUUGGGCGAGAUGCAGGAGUCGAUGGAAUCGUCAGAUCUCGAAGGUGAACAGAUGGCAAGAAAUCAACUCAAGAAAGAGUCACCCCAGCCCAUGGCCCAAGAGCAGGCUGGACAAACCUCGACAUCUGAUACACAACAGAGUGUUAUUAAGGAAGAAGGUAACCAAGAGAACAAUCUUGGCAACGGUGACAACAACAUCCUAAGAUCCGAACUGAGCUGCAGUUCAGUCGCAAAUAAUAUCAAAGAGGAGCCAGUAGAUGAGCAAGAGAACAGCCUUGUGACUUCUUGGAAUAGCAGUGAACAACUGCUGAGUAGUGAGGCAGUUGGUACUGAUGCUGAGGUGAAAGAUGAGGAAGAGAUGAUGCUAGAUAAUACUUACAACACCAACGGACCGUAUCCGUUGAGUUGCACACUUGCCACUGAAGAGGAUUGGCAAGGGAUAGACCCUGGAAACUAUUACAACACCAACACACAGUCCCAGUUUAGUUCUAGUACAGUUGGUGUUGAGGUUGAGGAGGAAGGUGGCCAUGAUCAGACCUGGAUGAACAGGAGAAGCAGUCGGAUUGCAGGCAAUGCCUCGUCAUACAUGUAUAACAAGUAUGAGCAAGAGACAGCCCAAAAUAUAUAUGUGAACUCUGUAGAAAAAUGUUUAGUUCAACAAAAUGGCUUGCAAAACACCUGGAAACGCACAGGCCAACCUACAAACAGGAACAGAAAGUAAAAAAGUCAGCUGCUGGGAAAGUCAAAAAGAAGAGGAAACAAACAAAGAGGGAGAGACGUGAACGCUUUAGAGCAUUGGCGAAGCGAUCGCAGGAAGUUCAAGGUUUGGGAAAAGGUUCCAGAAGCAAACCUUUCCUACCACCUUAUGAAGAAGCAAUGAGGCUCGAUGAUAGUUACAACAUCAACAGACCAUAUCUGUUGAGUUGUACACUUGCCACUGAAGAGGAUUGGCAAGGGAUAGACCCUGGAAACUAUUACAACACCAACACACAGUCCCAGUUUAGUUCUAGUACAGUUGGUGUUGAGGUUGAGGAGGAAGGUGGCCAAGAUCAGACAUUGAUGAACAGGAGAAGCAGUAGGAUUGCAAGCAACGAAACCCUU